CCCUCCCCUCUCGCAGGACAGGUAGGACCGCGGCGCCAGGUCCCGGGCGGGCUCCGAACUGCGCGGGGCGGGCGGAGGGCGGGGCGGAACUGAACGGAACAGGGCGGUCGUGUGCCCCGCUCCCGGCGGCCAGCAGCCGCACCCCACAUUGGCUUGAGUAUGGCUCGCCUGCCGCAACUCGCUCUGUCAGUAACACUCGCAGCCCUCGGAGUCCUCGGCAUCGUCCUGCUCGCCGCCACCUCCUGGGAUCGGGCCGAACCGCCGAAGCACAAGUACGGGAUUGUGAUCGACGCCGGCUCUUCGCGCACAACCCUUUUCAUCUACAAAUGGCUGUCCGGGAAAGAGAACAACACUGGGGUCGUGAGCGAAGAGAGCAGCUGCCGGGUCAGAGGUUCGGGAAUCUCCAGCUAUGCAGAACAACCAGCAAAAGCCGGGAGCAGCCUAAAGGCCUGCCUCGACCAGGCUCUGAAAAACAUCCCCUCUGAAAGGCACACCGAGACCCCCCUCUACCUCGGGGCAACAGCUGGAAUGCGCUUGCUGAACCUGACUGAUCCAGAAGCAACCCAGAAAGUCUUCGCGGCAAUCAACAGCACCCUGAGGUCCUACAGCUUCAGCUACCGAGGGGCCAAGAUCCUGUCCGGGAGUGAGGAGGGGGUGUUCGGCUGGGUCACGGCCAACUACCUGAUGGAGAACUUCAUAAAGUAUGGCUGGGUGGGCCGGUGGAUCAACCCCAGCCGACGCACGGUGGGUGCCAUGGACCUCGGUGGGGCUUCGACGCAGAUAACUUUUGUGCCGGAAGAGCUGGUGCGGGUGCCGGAGAAUAAGGUGGAGCUGCAGCUGUACGGCCACAAGUACAGCGUGUACACACACAGCUACCUCUGCUAUGGCAAAGACCAGGUCAACCGUAAAGUCCGAACCAAGAUUUUGGCAACCCGUGGUUCCAGCAGUGAUGUGGUCAACCCCUGUCUGCCCGCGGGCUACAAUGUUACCUUCUCCCUGAAAUACCUCUACGCGAGCCCCUGCACUGACGAUGAUAAACCCCCGAGUUACUCCCCCACAACCAACAUCACCUUCCGUGGCUCCUCCAACUCAGAAGAUUGCCAGCAACUGGUCAAAUCCAUCUUCAAUUUCACCUCAUGUGACCAUGACGUCUGUGCCUUUAACAACGUCUACCAGCCACCCGUGACUGGGAACUUCCUGGCAUUUGCAGCUUUCUAUCACACUUUCAACUUCCUGGAGACUACUUUAGGAAAAAGCGUGAAGUCCCCAGAUGAGCUGAAGAAGGCAGCCGAUACUCUCUGCAAAAUGAACUUCAAAACGCUGAAGGAGAAGGCAACUGGGACUGAAGAGAAGUGGCUGACAGGUUAUUGCACCAUGUCCUAUUAUAUCUACAGCCUGAUAACCCUGGGCUACAAGUUUGACAAACAGACAUUCAGCAACAUUGCAUUCCAGAAAAAGGUGGAGGGUUCGUCCAUCGGCUGGGCUCUGGGAUACAUGCUGAACCUCACCAACAUGAUUCCAGCUGACGAUCCCGUGAACCGCAAGGUGCAGCUGGUUGGUGCCUGGUGGGUCAUCAUCGUGAUCUUCAUCCUGGUGAUCGUGGCAGGAGCCCUGGUCUUUAUCUUGUUCUCCCAUUCGAUGAAGAAUGAGUCAGGGGUGUUGUAGCGUAUGGAGGACCACCAGUGUACCCCCGAGUGGUGUCCCUGCCCGGUCGUGCCACACUGGCACCUCCGCUUGGGCUAGGGAAGUGUACUGUUUCAUCCCAUGCCUCCUACUAACCAUGGGAGCUACCUUCCCUCACUUACCCAGAUGCUGCCGUGAACCCCAUUCCCACUGACUCAGUUCUUCUCACGCCACCUCCAUUUCCAAUGACACCGGACCUCUCCCCUUCACCCAGUGACCCCACCGACUCCAGCUGAUCAUCCAGCCACCCUGGCCCUCGCUUCUCCCUCCUGGCCCUCCGACCCCGCUCCUCUGUACCCUAACCUAACGGUUUGUCACAUAAGUGAGCAUUCAUUUCCAGUAACUACCUCGCUUCCCCCUGCUCCAUUGGUGGGGCUCAGAGUUGAGUUAACAGCGUUCAGUGAGACCCGCAGAGCUCAGUGCCGCGCCCUCCUUGCGCUGCUCAGACCCACUCGGCGGAUGUCACUCCUUGCCGCCCACUGACUGCGUUUACUCUGACACCGUCACCCCUAUCCGUCCACUGGUUAACCUCAUUCCCAACCCAGCAGCUUGGAGUGUCGCUCAGGAGCUCUCUCCCUGGCCGCCUCCCGCUGCCAGCGUCAGUGGCGUCCACAGCUGGGGUCUUCGGAAGGUGCUCCCGGAACGGGGUCACUGCAUCUCCACGGUGAUCCACGCCUCCAACCCUGUCGCCAGUUCACAUCCUCGCUCCAAGCCACUGUCCCCCUCGGCCCCAGGCCCAAGAGAGACGCUGGGCUCAGCUGCACCUGAGUGGGGACAGGGUUGGCCAGCGGCCUCAGUCCCCAGAGUCAGUGUGAAGACACGGAACGGUGGGGAGGGUUGUAGAGGGGUGACUGAUUGGCUGGAAAACAUCCUGGUUCACAGGUUCCCAUGUUUAGUGACAGCAGCUCGGAGCAGCACCUGCGGCCGCCCUCCCUUGGACCGUCCGGUUGGGUUUAAAGCUCUCGCUGGUCUCCCUCACCGCCAUGACUUUCAGUACUCUGUCACUGGGGCAUAGUGUUCUCAUCCCAAGCCUUGGGCCCACGGUGAGAGGUCCUCAUAACACUAGGGUGGGAGCUCAGAUAGUUCUGCGGCCCUGAAAUAUCUGCAUCUGUAUCAACAAUCUGCUGAAGGAACUCGGCGGGUCAAGCAAUGCUUGUGGGUGGGGAAGGAAUUGUCAACUUUAUGGAUUGAAGCCCUGCUUUAGGUCUGAGUGGGAAACCCAGUCCUGGGGCAGGGUCUCGAUUGAAACAUCAACAGUUCCUUUCCUCCCACAGAUGCUGCUUUAAAAAAAAAAUUAUUUAGAGAUACCACUCGGUAACAGGAGCUCCCGGCCCAACGAGCCUGUGCUGCCCAAUUACACCCACGUGACCGAUUAAUCAGCUAACCCGAAAUCUGGGGUGGGGGGGGGGAACCAGAGCACCCGGAGGAAACCCACACAGUCCUGGGGAGAAAGCACAAGCUUCGUACUGACAGCAGCUGAAUUGGUCCCAGUGCUGUAACAGCAUCACACUGCCGUGGCACUGAGUUCCUCCAGCAGAUUGUUGAUCCCAGCGUCUUCGGUCUUUUGUGCCCCUACCCCCCCCCCCAUGUUUAUACCAGCCUUUUCACGUUUCAAACUGCUUCGUAACCAAUAAAGCACCUUUGUCAUAUUGGCACCUUUGUGAAGUAGGGGCACUGUGACUGGUUUGUCCAUAGCAGGUGAAUCUGAAUGAGAAGGUAAUCUAUUUUAGUGACCUCAGUUUAGGAGUAAAUUUGACAAGUUCACCAGGGAGAAUCACUGCUCAUAGGAAAUUUUCUACCUAAAAAAAGACAAUGAGACCUUUGUCAACAGCACACCCUAAAGAAAGGAGUCUGCUGCCAUUCAUGUCCUGGAUAAUCACCGGGAUUAUCAAGUGAAAUUAAGGGCUUACUGGAAGCCUGUCACAGUGAGGACAUGGAACACACAGCCCAGCCUGCCCCUUCCAACUUGAUUUUCCUGUAUACAAUCCUCUCUGGAGUUCUUAAAAUCUUUCUUCAAAAUCUGCCCACCAUUUCCUGGAUUCUGUUUUCCGGAGUGGGAAUUUUCAAUCCUUUGAUUCGGAGCGAAACAUUGUUCGGCAGCUGACGGCACCUUUGCCCUGUCAGAGGAGCCUCUCUCACACCUCGGCAUCUGCCCCCCAGACCUGUGAGGCUUCGCUUCCCAGACUCAGUUUUCAGUGACUGAUGCCCCAAGGCAACACCCCGGUCCCUGGCUCCUCGUGAACUCAGCCUGCACUCUCUGCAAGAUAGACAAAGCCAAGCACGUACCUGGCUGGAAACGGUUAAAGUGCAGAACGCGGAGCCCUGGCAUAUGUGAUGAAAUUCACUGUCCAUCGUUGUCCAACUGAAAGAACCCCCUGACUCAGUGACGUCGACUACAGCAAAGGCCAAUCCAAGCCGGAGGUCUACUAACGGCUACCACUAUUACUCUGUUCCAAUACUCUCCCACUUCAAACGCCUCUGCUUCCAGUCUUCUGACUUACUCUCUUCUCCUCCCACAGAUCUCCCCUAUGCUCCUUACGGUCUCCUGGUAUUGGUAGGGCAGAGAGCUCGGCUGAGCUGCCACCGUACCUAUAUGCUGUCACUGCCACAGUCUUACUGCUGUCACUUCCGUGUGUUGAGGUGCUCUCUGUUCAGUGUUCUGGAAAUAGAUGAUAAAUGUUGAUUGCAUCCUGGAGAAUAACUACAAACACUCCCUCAUUUACUCUCUUCCCCCAUUCUACUCCCUCCCAUUUCCAAAGCAUUCCCAUUCCCUUCCCCUCUCAUUCCUGCUAUUCUAUUUCCCAUUCCCCCUUCAAUUCCCAAGCCUCUCCAUCAGGACUCACUGCGGGCACUUUUCCCCUCCCGGUACCCUCCUGUAAAGUAUCAGAUGUUCCCUGCUGCCACCGCUCCCUUCCAUUGCCUGUUUCUCUGCCCACGCCCUGUACCUCACCUCAGAGCCUGCCCCCACUGAUCUUGGCUGCCACCAGCCCUCGCUUCACACCUCCACAGUGAGUGAGUCUGCCUCAUGGCCACACUGAAGCCAGAGGCAGACGAACUGAGCAAAACGAUACCCAGACAGCCCAGUCCUGCCAUUGAACAGGGCAGCAGGGAUCUCCAGGAAGAGUGCCCACUGGCAGGAUUUAAGAACCACAUCUGGCUCUGAGACUCCAUUGCCUGACUUGGGUAAAGAAACGCAAGCUCCUAUUCCUAUCCCAUGCAUACUAUGUCCUCACAAUCCUCUCCCCUCCUGUCUCCCACAUCUCUUUCUCCCAUCAUCACCUGUAAUUUGGCCAUGAGCCUCUCCGGCUGUGCCUUAUUUCUCUAGGUCUGUGAAUGCAUCUAUUGUAGCAGCCCACGGCCUUGUUCAUGUGGAAUAUAGGGACUGUGUGUUGAAACAGUAGCCGAAGGUGUUGCUGAAACCACAAGGCAGGGCCACUCGGACACCAGAGCAACACCCCCACACCCCAAGCGACACAGACGUGACCGAUCUAGAGGUGGAGGACCUACAAAAACACCAACACUGGGCUUAUGUCCGACAAUCAACCAGAUGAAUCUCGUACUUUCGCAAACUGCUCAUCCACCACCACCACUCCCACACUUCGGCCUACCCCACACUCACUGCCAACGCUAUCUGCAGGCAGCAGCAAGGGAUUUGUCCUCCUUUCCUGUGACGCACAUUCCGCAACAUUCCAGAUCUCAGGAAUCCAAGAAGAUCUCUCAUCAGACACUGUUUGUCAGUGCUAUGAGUCCUGUCAGAAAUAAACUGUAGUUUCAUAGUUUGAAAACGUUUAAGUUUUUUCUCUUAUUUUGAACACAGAAGUUUAGCUCAGCAGUACACUACACGACGCCACUGUUGGUGGGGGUUUAGACAGUACACAGGGUGACGUAGACCGUAAUUCCAGUGUUACUAAUUUACAAAAGACCCUUGUCUAAACUCCUAAGCCAUUUACCCUUUGAUUCCCAAUAAAUUAACAUCAUUCCCAGUUAACCAAACCACUCUGUAACAAUGCAAUCCAUGAAUAAAUGUUCCCUUUUAAUUAUUUUUAUAAUUUAAAAAAUAGAGUAAAAUAAAUGUUCCCCCUGAAUAAUCCUGUCCUAAAAAUCUCAAAGCCUAAUUUUUCCUUCAUGGAAUAAAGCCAAUCAGGAGAAUAUCCUUUCUUCCUGUGUCUUUUCCAAAUCAAUAGUUUGCCUAAAAACCUAUUUUCUGAACUAAACAUUUGUUUGGCAAUCUUCCCAGAAUAACAUUCCAGAAUAAUAACUUACUUUCAAAACAGCUUUUCACUAAAUGCCUCACCUCCAAAGCACAACUAACCCAUUCCCAAUCCUCUCCAAGUAAACCACACCCAAGACAAUACUAACAAAUAAACCGUUUACCCAAAAAAAACCAUUCCCCAAAAAAUCCAUCCUUAGUAUCUCUAAGCAACUCCCAAAACAUACUUCCCAUUAAACACACCAUUUCUAAAACAAACACGAGGAAAUCUCUGACUAUCUUUCCUUUCAGUUAGUCCUGACGAAGGGUCUCGGCCCGAAACGUUGACAGUGCUUCUCCCUAUAGAUACUGCCUGGCCUGCUGUGUUCCACCAGCAUUUUGUGUGUGUUGUUUGAAUUUCUAAAACAACUUCUAUUAAGCCACUCUCAAAACUUCCCUCUCUAAAUUUACUCCUAAAACAACCAUUGUACCCCUACUUAAUAUAAUGUCUACAAAUAUCCCAUUAGAACAUCCAACAAAAUAACACACUCCCAAAGUAUCCCAGAAUAACCCACUGGUAAAACUUCCCUAAGCAUCUCAUUCCCAAAACAAAGCCCACUAAACACUAUCCCAAAACAUUCCCCAAUAAAUACUCCACUCCCAAAAUAUUGCCUGCCAAAUACUCCACUUUAUAAACAACAUGUAACUAAGCAUCCCAUUCCCAAAAUACACUCCACUGAAUGUCCCAACUAAUUAAUGUAAACUCAAAAAUAAUCCCCAAACAAAUAAUUCAUUCCUAUAAAUCUCCUACUAAAUAAAAUCUCUCCCAAAUCAUUCUGCUAACAAAGUACCUCACUCUCAAGGUACGCCCCACAAAAAACUCUCCCAAAACAACCUCCACUAAUUAUGCCAACUUCACAUUCCCCAAGUAAAUGUCACACUCCCAAUAUAUCCAACACCAAGUAACUCACACUGAAAACUGCCCCUGAAUAAUCCAUGCCAGAACACCCUGUCACUAAACCCCUUCACUAGGGGGUUCCAUCUAUGGGGAGACCAUCGUCCCAUCUGGGGAUUGCAUUCAGCAGCAGGAUGUUUGCAUCUCAGCAGAUGUUAGGGACCCUCAGCAAGUCAGCGAACAUUUGUGGAGGAGACGAACAACGUGUGCCUGACAUCUGCUGGAGGACCAUUGACCUGAAUGGAUGAGACUGCAGUCUGCUCACUGGGAGCGUGCAGCUAAUAGUGAGAUUUUCUGUAGAUAAUUAAACAGGAAGAGAAGUUAACAGUGAUCACUGGUCCUAUAGUUAAAAGUAAAAUUUAUCAUCAGAGUGCAUACAUGCCACCACAUACAACCCUGAGAUUCUUUUUCUGCAGGUAUAGCACAUCUAUAGGACAGGGACUGCAAACAGUGCAAAUGCAAAUAUAAAUAAAUAGCAAUAAAUACUGAGCUUGAAAUAACAAUAUAUCAGAGUCCAUAAAUGAGUGUAGUUACCCCUUUUGUUCAAGAUAGUUGAGGGUAGUAACUGUUCUUGUACCUGGUGGAGCGAGUCCUGUGGCUCUUGAACCUUCUACCUGAUGGCAGCAGUGAGAAACGAGCACGGCCUGGGUGGUGAGGAUCUUUGAUGAUGGAAGCUGCUUUUCCAUGGCAAUGUGUCAUGUAGCUGUGCUCAAUGGUUGGGAGGGCUUUACCUGUGGUGUACUGGGCUGAAUCCACUAUCUUUUGUAGGAUUUUUCCGCUCAAAGGCAUUGUUGUUCCCAUACCUGGCCGUAAUGUAGCCAGUUAGCACACUUCCUGCCACACAUCUGUAGAAGUUUGCCAAGGUGUUUGAUGACAUGCUGAAGUAACGGUGCUGUUGUGCUUUCUUCCCUAUAAUAAUAUUUAUAAUGAUGGGUCCGAGACAGGUCCUCUGAGGUGGUGACAUCCAGGAAUUUAAAGUUACUGACCCUUUCCACCAAUGAUGACUGGCUCAUGGACCUUGGUUUCCCUCUCCUGAGGGGUUUCACUAUAGAGAAUCAGAAUCGAGUUCAAUAUCAUCCGCAAGCGUUGUGAAAUUUGUUAACUUAAUGGCUGUAGUACUAUGAAAUACAUGAUAAAUAAACUGAAUUACCUAAGUAUAGAAGAGCC